CUUCCCACUGCCCCUGAGAUUUUGACCAUCGAUCGUGACUCUAAGUCAGGUGGUGGGAGGCUGUGCACCUUCCUGUUAAAUUCACUGGUAGAGGUGGCUGUGGCCUGAGCCUGGUACUGGGGUAUUCUGCUGAAGGGUGAGAGGAGAAGCUAUGCCUGGCAGUGGCCCCAGCGAGAGGAUGACAUGGCCUGGCCCGGCACUCCCUGCUGGCCCCCCAACCCGUCCUCUUUCCUCAGCCCCAGGGACACCGCCCAUCCCACCCCUCACUCGGACCCGCAGCCUCAUGGCCAUGUCCCUGCCAGGGAGCAGACGGGCCUCCGCUGGAUCCCGCAGGCGCACCUCUCCACCCGUGAGCAUGCGGGACGCCUAUGGCACCUCUUCCCUCAGCAGCAGCAGCAACUCAGGCUCCUGCAAGGGCAGCGACAGCAGCCCCACCCCCAGGCGCUCUAUGAAGUACACACUGUGCAGUGACAACCAUGGCAUCAAGCCGCCCACCCCGGAGCAGUAUUUGACUCCGCUGCAGCAGAAGGAGGUAUGCAUCCGGCACCUGAAAGCACGGCUGAAGGACACGCAGGACCGGCUCCAGGACCGGGACACAGAGAUCGAUGACCUAAAGAUGCAGCUGUCUCGUAUGCAGGAGGACUGGAUUGAGGAGGAAUGCCACCGUGUGGAGGCACAGCUAGCCUUGAAGGAGGCCCGCAAGGAGAUCAAACAGCUCAAGCAGGUCAUUGACACUGUCAAAAACAACCUGAUAGACAAAGAUAAGGGGCUGCAGAAAUACUUCGUGGACAUCAACAUCCAGAACAAGAAGCUGGAGACACUGCUGCACAGCAUGGAGGUGGCCCAGAAUGGCACUGCCAAGGAGGAGAGUACUGGGGAGUCCGCUGGUGGUUCCCCUGCCCGCUCCCUCACCCGCAGCUCCACUUACACCAAGCUGAGUGACCCAGCUGUCUGUGGUGACCGCCAGCCUGGAGACACCCCCAGCGCCUCUGUGGAAGAUGGAGCUGACAGUGGCUUUGUGGCCGGUGAUGACACGCUGAGCCGGACUGAUGCACUGGAGGCCAGCAGCCUGCUGUCAUCAGGAGUGGACUGUGGUCCUGAGGAGGCCUCACUGCACAGCUCCUUUGGCCUGAGUGCCCGUUUCCCUGCCAGUAACACCUAUGAGAAGUUACUGUGUGCCACAGAGGCUGGUGUGCAGGCCAGCUGCAUGCAGGAACGGGCCAUCCAGACAGACUUUGUGCAGUACCAGCCUGACCUGGACAUCAUCCUGGAGAGAGUGACCCAGGCCCAUGUCUGUGGGACCGUCCCUGAGGACAGGCCCCCAGAGUCAGAUUCUCACCCCCCAGGGCCCAGAGACCCCAACUCAGCAGUGGUGGUGACAAUGGGUGAUGAGCCUGAGGUUCCAGAGCCCAUCACCUGUGGGCCCACUGCACACCAGCCUGGAGCCAACCCCAACCCUGGCCCAUCAUCAGUGAGCGUGGUGUGUCCCUUGGAGGAGGAGGAAGAAGAGGAGCAGGUAGCCACAGCUGCAACUGCAGCUGAGAAGGAGCCCAAGAGCUACUGGAGUCGCCACUACAUCGUGGAUCUGCUGGCUGUGGUGGUUCCAGCUGUGCCCACAGUGGCCUGGCUCUGCCGUUCCCAGCGUCGCCAGGGCCAGCCCAUCUACAACAUCAGCUCCCUGCUGCGGGGUUGUUGCACUGUGGCCUUGCACUCCAUCCGCAGGAUCAGCUGCCGCUCACUAGGCCACUCAGGGCCCAGUUCUGCAGGCAGUAGCUCCCAACUCUGAGGAGGCUGCCCUAUCUCAGGCAGUGCUCUGGCAGCCUGACCACUGAUUGUAGGGAUGCUAUCCUCCCCUCCCACAUCCCCACAGGUAUCAUCUUAUUUAUUUAGUUUUGGGAUUGGAACCGUUUUCUCUCCCUGGAUGUUAACAGUGUCAGGCUGGGAGAAAGGGCUGGGAAAAGCAUUCCAAAACUUCCAGAGAAAAAAGGGUAAGGGAGACCCAGGCAGGGAAGCCUACUGAUGGGACAAGCUGCACAGCGACACUUCUGAGGCCCCCAACCCAGCACCUUGUCCACCCAGCCUUUAGAUGUGGUGGGCCCUGCUCAGGAAGUCUCUGGCUGGGUUAUCUGGGGACCUCCCCUCCCUGCUCCCGCUUGUCCAGUGUCCUGCCCACACCAUGUCUUCUGUCCCAGGCCACCCUGCCCUCCUCCAGGUCUGAGCCAAUAUUGUCUCCUCAGACAUAAGCAGCUCUGGCCAAAGUGCAGAAAAUAGACCCAAGCACUUUGAGCAGGGUCUGGAAUCCCUGGGUGUGGGCUGGAGCUGCUGCCUCCCCCUCGCUCCCCACUCAGGAUUCCAAAGCACCAUUGAGGCCACAGCUGGAGAAAUGCUGUGAUAGGCAUGAGGGGAUGAGGGUAGGGUGGGCUCUGUGUCUGUCUGUCCUCCCCGCUCCUCCAUUUUCCUCUUGGCUUCUGGGUAUGUCAGAUUGUUCUUCCUUGAGAGAAAGCCAGGCCUGGCCAACUGGGUGCUGUGGAGGGGGUACUCAUUCAAGUCCUGGCACCCAUUGAGAGACCCGCCAGCACAGAGGAGGCAGAGUUUGGAGCUCCAGUGGCCCUGUACCUUCUGCAAUGAGGCCGCCUCAUCUAUUGUUCAGGGACCUGGCUGGACUCAGGAAUCCUUGGAUGCUCUGAGAAGCCAGAGGCCAUGGCUGCCCCUGGAGUUUGCCUGUCAUCCCUCAAGGGAUCUCUGGCCCACUCUGCCUUCCAUUGUGUUCACUUCAGGGCUUGGUUCUCCCCCAUCCCAAGAACACUGGGAAGUGAUUGCUUGCUUUCUAGGAUGAGAGUCCUUAAAUCUACCUGCCUGCCUCUGGGGAAUACAAAGGAUUCUGGCAGGAUGACUCUCAGGAUGGGGUAUGGAAGCCAUAACACUUGUUAAGGCCAAAGCAGGCUGCCCUAGGACUUUCUUCCCAGGCAGGGAUGUGGCCGGGCAGGAGAAGCCCUAUGGCCACCUGCUCCCAGCCCAAGCCAGGUCAGCCUGGGAAGGUUCACUGUCCCUUGCCUUCCCUGGGACCACAACUGAAUCCCCCAGCAAAGCUGCUGAUAUUUUAUUACCAUUACUAGUUUACAAAGUAAACUUCUUCCUCUUCCUCCAUGGGGUUACACCCGUCUAGGCAUCCUACACACUCCAGAGGUUAGGUCCCACAUUGGGGAGGUGGUGGGACCCUUCGUCUCACGUACCCCUCUGGUCUAGGGGCCAUUCUGGUUCUUUGCCAAGGUCACUUGCUCUCAUCCCAAUACUCCAAUGGCCACUACCUGACUGCUGGGCUCUGCCCUUCCACUCUGUGCCCUCUGCCCAGGGGGCAACUGCAUGCACUGGGGGUGGGCGGCCAGCCCAGCCGUCUGGGCCAGAGCCCCCCUACUACACGCUUCGUGCCUCCAAAGCUCCCUGCCUCGGCUGGGGCCUCAGACCAGCCCUCCUUUGUGGAUCACCCCUGCCCCUGGCUGGACUAAACCUGAGUGCUGGGGACCUGGCUGAAGGUGCCCCACAGGACACUGGGGUCAUGCCAUGGAGGGGGCAGGGGACCAAAGCAACCCAAAGCCAAGCCGGGACUGGCCAUGGACCCAGCCUCCAGUGCCGUGUGCUCAUGGAGCUGCAUAGCAUCUCCUUAGAAACAAAGCUUUGCUGAGAAAAUAAAUGUAUGAACUAUAUUUGACAACAAAAAUAUCUAUAUAUUUUUCAUCACUGGAAUUUAAUCAAGAGUUGCAGCCCCUCUACUCCUGUCCGUGUCUUGCUAUCUGUGGCCUUCCUAUCAUGUCCUGUGUUUUGGUGAGUGUGAGCAGGGCUGGGGUUGUUGUCUACUCUGUCUCACUAGUGGAGAAGCCACUUGUAAAGGCUGAGCUAUGGGUGGGCCUACGACCACUGGAGGAAGUGAGGGGGGCCUGGCUGCCACCCUCCACUCCCACUGGGCCAAUCCCUGCCUUUGUGGGUAACAGGAGCCUGAGCCAAUAGUACUGGGGAGCUUUUUUGUGUGGAUUCUGGUAGGGUCUUCAGUGAGCUUUCUUCUUGCCAGUGGAGGAAGCAGCUCACAAUCAGGCCUAGCGAAGCCCCUGGGCUGACAGUCCUGACCCAGCUUUUGAGCACACAUAUGCUCAGUAUCCCACAUCUAUGCAAAGGACCAGCACUGCCCGUGUGUACCCCCUGCGGGCAUGCAGUGGGCUGCUGGCUUGGCUCCAGCCUUAGCUAGUUGGAGCAUCGAGGGAGCUGGGAGGACAAGGCUGGGCCCAGCCAGUGUCCCCUGGAAAGUGCUCCUCUGCAGCUCCCCUUCCCUUCUGCUUCCUGUGGGACUGCAACCCUUCCCUCCUGCCCUCAGCUUCUAGAGAAGAAAUCUUCAGGGCCUCCCUUAUCUCCAGCCUCCAGCCAGAGCUGAUUAGGUCUUGAGGAACAGUGUCUGCCUUCUGGAACUGCUGGUCCCUUUAGAGUCCUCCAGUUAAGGUGGCUAUUCCUCAGUUCUGGGGCCAGGCUAAAGCAGCGCUGCUGUCCUUCUGGUCCAGCCCCAGGCAGGACUUGGGAGCUAGGCCUGGGCUUCUGCAGAGCUGGUCUUGAGCAGAGUUUAUGACCAACAUUUCCUGAGGGGAUAACUUAGCUUUUCACUGAACACCCUGCCCACUCUCCUCUAGCACAGGGGUAUCUGACAGCACUUUGUGGGUGGGGGGCAGAUCACAAGGUUCCAGGACAAGGACCUCCCCUCCUGGGGGCCUCCGCCCUGUGAACUCACAACUCCAUUUUGACCUAGGGCACAUUGCAAAUGGGUCACAGUGCACUCUCACAUUCAUCCAUCCCCUUGACUAAGAAUUCAGGGGAUGAGGGAAGGAGGGAGGUUGGGAGGGGUCUAGACUCUCGUCUCCUUGUCCUUUUGUUCAGACAGAGUUGCACCUGCAGCACACAGCUCUGAA